AGAGCGUAUGCUCAUAACAGGGCAUCGAAGUCAUGGCAUCCAAAGCUGAGCCAGCCAUCCCCGCCUCCCAGCGUGUGCUGGCCUCCAUGUCCUUCUUGUGCGACCUCAAGCUGUAUCUGACGGAGAAACCAUAUUUCAUCAUUGUCAGCAAAGAUCGAGAUUCAGACUCCGUCAUAACUAAUAUCGUCAUGGAUCGCUAUCGCAACAUCCCUGUCACGGAUAUCCGUGGCUAUGAGCAUCAUUUCAGUCUAGAUAUCCAUGGCUUUCAGCUCGCUCGGCAGCCUACUCGUCUGCACGGCGAAGACUUUGAUUCUCCGUCUACGGUCGAGAACGAGUAUUUCCCGGAGGUGGAGGCAUAUCUGAGGAAAUUUCUCGGAGCCGAAGACGUUCGUGUCAUGCAAUCGGCCGUUCGAGAACGACCUCUCGGGUUCCUCGAGACCGGUGGAGGAGGGGUUGUGAAAGAUGGCCGGAGGAAGCCCCUACCCGGGGUACAUAUCGACGCAUCUCCACAAGGUGCAGUGAAGCGUAUCCAAAAACUUUGGCCUUCAGAGGUUGAGUCGAUCACAAAAAGGCGAUUUCAAAUCCUGAACGUUUGGAGGCCGCUUCAACCGUGUCUAAGAGACUGGCCACUGGCCCUGUGCGAUGCACGAACCGUCUCUCCCGACGACAAAGUAGAAGCAGAUUUGGUCUAUCCUGGCUUCGAAGGUGAAAACACCUUUCUAUACUUCAGUCCAAAUUUGGAUUUCUACUUCGUAGACUGCCAGAGCCAAGAUGAAAUAUGGAUUUUCAAACAGUACGACUCCAAAGACGGGGUUGCGAACAGCACGCCUCACGGCUCCUUUCAAAACCCUCGCCCGGGAGCAGAUAAGCUACCACGUGUAAGCAUUGAGGUGGCUGUGUUGGUAGUGUAUUGAGCAACUCCUGCCUCUUUCAUCGUAUUACUGAACGAAACACAAGUGGCGCCUUUGGUUCGCAUGUGUGGCCGCUUCUUGGCCCUUUACUCUCGGCUUGAUCAUGGCUCAAUUCAUCUACUUGCCCUUUCGCGUAGUUGCCCUCUAAGACCUCCUAACCCCAUUUCUGGGUCCUGAGCCUUUAAGCUGUCUUCG